UUUCAUUUCUCCUUACUAUUGUUUAUGACACAUAUGAUAUUUAUGGGACACUAGAUGAACUUACUCUAUUCACUGAGGCAAUUGAAAGGUGGAAUGUUGAUGCUUCAUAACAGUUACCACCAUAUAUGAAGAUUAUUUACCGUGGUAAUUUAGAUGUUUAUGAAGAAAUUAAGAAAGAGUUGGCAAAUGAAAACAAGUCAUUUCUAGUCAACUAUUCCAUAAAUGAGAUGAAAAAGGUGGUGAGGGCUUACUUUCAAGAGGCAAAAUGGUAUCAUGGGAAGAAAGUACCAAGAAUGGAGCAAUAUAUGAAGAAUGCAAUUUCAACAAGUGCUUAUAUAUUGCUAACAACUACUUCUUGGUUAGGAAUGGAAAAGAUAGCAACUAAAGAUGCAUUUGAUUGGGUAGCAACUGGACCUCCAAUACUUGUUGCUUCUUGUAUAAUUACAAGAUUACUCAAUGAUCUAAAAUCACAUGAGUACGCUUUUGGGAAGAUGUCACCAUGGGGAAGAGCCUAUCUCAAUUCUAACUGCUAAAGCUCUCAUUAUCUCAAUUGCUGCUAAGAUGGCAUAUUUUGUAACUCUGUCUAGGGAGAGAAUAGAGGUUAAAAAAAAAUUGUAUGUAUUACCAACAUCAUGAACAUCUAUUGUUAUGGGGAAAAAUGGAAGUUUGGGCUUUUCUCGA